UUUUUAAAGUUUAAGUAAGAGUUUUUACGGUACUUGCAACACGUCUGAGAACUACAGCAGACAACCACUACUAAAUUACAACCAACAGGAGGCGACUACAAAUAAUAUAAGAGAACAAGAGUUAAGAAAUAAAAUAAGUAAGGUCCACCAGUGGCAACAUUCAACCAUCCGCAAAGGAGUUGUGCUUCAGGCAUCAUGUGGAUGACUUGGUAACACAGAGUCGCUUCUCCCAACAUCAACACCGACAGGACAACUUACACCCUCCCCCCUUUCCGGCAAAAACUAUUCCUAGCGGCAUGGCCAUCGACGACAACGACCCUACAGCACAGCCCGAGCAGCACAACACCAACCCCGGGACACCCGCCGACAACCCACACAACCCGCUCGACCUGACGGACGGGGAGAGAACGGCACUCGUCGGCAUUCUCACCUUCAUGGGCGUCAUCAUAGCGCUGGGCGGCAUAGGCAACCUGCUGGUGAUCCUGGCGGUGGUGCUGAAGAAGAAGCUGCAGACCGUGUCCAACCUGUUCGUGGUGAACCUGAGCAUCUGCGACUUCAUGUUCGUCACGCUCGUGCUGCCCGUCAACAUGUACACCUACCUGGCCGACGGCUGGCUCAUACACCCGCUCAUCUGCAAGUUCGUCGGAUUCUUGGGAUACACGCUUACUGGCACCACAAUCAUGACCAUCACACUGAUCGCGUGGAACCGCUACCGCCUGGUGGUCAGUGUUUCCAGCUACAAGCAAAUGUUCCAGCCCCGCAACAUGGCCAUCAUGCUGGCUGGAUCAUGGCUUAUUCCCAUCAUUUGCCUGCAACCUGCUAUCUUCGAGGUGUGGGGCCGUUUCGGCUUCGUGCCGCUGCUGUCAAGCUGCAACCUGGACCUAGACAGCUCCAGCCAGAGCUUCAAGAUCUUCCUGCUGAUCGUGCGGGCCGCCAUCCCCUGCGGGCUCAUCAUCUACUUUUACAGCAGCAUCUACGCCAACACCCGAGCCUCGCACCAGCGGCUGCACCACGCUGCCUGCUCCACCACCAGUCUCAUGCUGCAGCAGAGCCAGCGGCGGGAGAUGCGACUCACGCGCAUGAUGGGCGGCAUCUUCCUCGUGUUCAUGCUCAGCUACUUCCCCUGUACCGUGUCCAGCCUCAUCGACUGGAGCAAGCUGCUCAGCAAAAGCUUCCAUAUGUUCUGCCAAACCUCCGUUUUCCUGGGCAGCGCCAUCAACCCGCUGCUCUACGGCUUCAUGAACGAGCAGUUCCGCAAGGCUUACUACGAGAUCAUCACCUGCGGUCUCAUGUACGGCAGGUGCAAGAAAUGCGCAAAAACUGUGCACGACCACAGCCGCAAAGUGGCUAGAGAAGACAGUACAGAGAACCACACUUACCACAACACAGACAACCAGGAGGUCAACACUGAGAUCCACCACGAUGGUCUUGUCUCCUCCUGGAGCACGGCACAACAACAGCUGCAUAGCCAGGAGGAAGAGACUCUCUACUACGCAUACCAGGAAAACUCCGAUGAUAACGACGAACUCCCUGACCACAAGGCAAGGGUCAGCACGGAAAAAGUGCCGCCUUCUGUGGCCCACAGUCGAACAAACAGUAUCAAUUUCUCUUCCAACUGUGACAUUUCCCAAAGGGACGUUUCAACUUCUCUUCUAAAGAGCAGUGAGAGUGACAGUAAGUUAGCCACGUUACAAGAUGUACACAGUCCAAAACAGAGUUAUAUUUGAAGGGCACCAUACUACAGUACUUGUAAUAUACUCAACUCACAAUCUUUCAACAGUGAUCUCAUCGUUGCUAAUCUUGUGACCGUGACGUGUUUCCCAUACAUUAUGUUAAUGGAGACAAAGACUGACAUUACUCCCAUCAUCCCGUUGCCAGUUUGUUACUAAUGAUUAUGAUUUGUUUCUAAAUUUUGUUGUAAUAAAAUAUCAAACACUUUAUAAUAAAAUCUU